AUGGACGGCCUCAUCGCACCUGCGGGUUUCUUUUUCCCCUUACUAAACCUCUUCCAGUUCGUCUCCGCUUCUUUGAUCCCCCUUUCUCCUCGAUCUAGGGUUUCGGUUUCGAUCCAUCAAUGGCGUCCGGGAACAGCGGCGCCCCGUCUAGGGCUCUCGGCGGCCCCUCCCCUCUCGGCAACCCCGCAGCGGCGUCUCCCGCAGCGGCUGCGGCUGCGGCGGCGGCGGCGGCGGCGCAACUCUCGCAUCUCCGGCCGCCGUCGCUUCCCCAAAUCCCGGGCUCAUCCUCUUUCCAGGGCCUCUUCAACUCCCCACCGCCCUCUCAGCCUCCGCUCAACUCCCCCUUCCACAUCCACCUCGGCUCCGGCCCCCAAAACCCUAACCCCGGCGGCGCCCCCAUGGGCUCCUCCCCGUCCUUCUCCACCCCCGGCCUGUCGUCGGGCCCCAAGCGACCCCCCACGAAGCCCCCCGCCCGNCGCCCCCAUCCCCGCCUUCAAGACCGCCGACCUCACCCCCGCCGCCCGGCGCAAGAAGCGGAAGCUCCCCGAGAAGCAGCUCCCCGACCGCGUCGCCGCCCUCCUCCCCGAAUCCGCGCUCUACACCCAAUUGCUCGAAUUCGAGGCCCGCGUCGACGCCGCCCUCGCGAGGAAGAAGAUCGACAUCCAGGAGGCCCUGAAGAACCCUCCUUCCUUGCAGAGGACUCUUCGGAUCUACGUCUUCAACACCUUCGCCAACCAAACCCGCGCGAUCCCCGAUCCCAAGAAUGCCGAGCCGCCGCCGUCCUGGUCGCUGAAGAUCGUCGGGCGGAUCUUGGAAGACGGGGCCGAUGCCGACCCGGCCGCAGGCCUGCCCAAACCUAACCCCAUGUACCCGAAGUUCUCGUCUUUCUUCAAGCGCGUCACGAUCCAAUUGGACCCGGCUUUGUACCCGGACAACCCGAUGAUCGUCUGGGAGAACUCCCGCUCUUCCGUGCCGCAGGAAGGAUUCGAGGUGAAGCGAAAGGGGGAUAAGGAGUUCACUGCUAGCAUACGGCUAGACAUGAAUUACAACCCCGAGAAGUUCAAGGUUUCCCCUGCACUGAUGGAGGUUCUUGGAAUCGAGGUUGACACCCGCGCGAGGAUCAUAGCCGGUGUAUGGCAGUAUGUUAAGGCCAAGAAGCUUCAGAAUCCCAGUGACCCCUCUUAUUUCACUUGCGACCCGCCUUUGAGGAAGGUGUUUGGAGAAGACAAAUUGAAGUUUGCUAUGAUUUCCCAGAAGAUCUCGCAGCAUUUGAUUCCUCCUGCACCGAUUCAUUUGGAGCACAGGAUUAGGCUUUCGGGGAACGGGGCUGUGGGGAACGCGUGCUAUGAUGUGCUCGUUGACGUUCCUUUCCCGUUGCAGAAGGAGAUGUCCGCCUUCCUGGCGAAUACGGAGAAGCAUAAAGAUAUCGAAGCUUGUGAUGAGGUGAUAUGCGCUUCUAUUAAGAAGAUUCACGAGCAUCGUAGGAGGAGGGCAUUCUUUCUUGGGUUCAGUCAGUCUCCUGUCGAGUUUAUCAAUGCUUUGAUAGCCUCUCAAAGUAGGGACUUGAAACUUGUUUCCGGGGAAGCGAGCCGGAAUGCUGAAAGGGAACGCCGUGCUGAUUUUUACAACCAACCUUGGGUGGAGGAUGCUGCGAUAAGGUAUCUGAACCGCAAACCAGCUGGUGGUAAUGACGCUCCAAGUAGCACAUUGUAGAAGAUCGAUGUACUGCUUUUGUGAAGAAAACAACUGGAUUAUCAUACAUGCCGCCAAGUAAGUUGGUCAAGAAGAAUGUAUACAUGCUAUUGAAAAUGCUCCAAUGGUCUGUUGACUUGGGAGCCCUUAGAUAUGUUAAAUUCUUUGCUGCUUUAUUUGCAUCUUCCGCUAGUGAUCGAUAGUAGUUCAAAUCUCAUUUAUCGCCAUUAAGAAAGUGAAGGUAUUAACCUAAAUCAGUAGUGUUCUGUUCCUUUCUUUUUAAUGUUGUUGGCAAGUGGUUGUAAGUCAGUUUGUGAUAUUAUCUUUUCAAAGUCCACAUGCGAAUCAAAUUCACACAGUAUAUAUUUUUAAUAUUUUGAAUAUUUUGAGCUUCAAGUGA